CUGGACCAUAUAAAGGGUCUAACCUUUUUGCCUGUCUUUAUUCAGUUUUGCUGUUGACGAAAAUAGUUGCAUUCAAAAAUGAAAUUGGCUUUUUUGGUGCUAUGUGCAGUGUUUGCUACUGUCACUCCAGCAAUACGGCCCGUGCGCCUUUGCGACCUGGCUCAUGGAAGGAAAUUGGGGGGACCGCAAUUAAUUCCAAUAGGUAAACUGCCGCCAGUUAUUUUGGCAGAGAUAGAAAGGAUAAAAGCUGAACCCAUAUGUGCAACUCAACAAGUUGUUGCAGGAAUCAGAUACAAAGUUAAAACGACCAAAUGUGUAAUGGAAUUUUAUCAACCUGCUGUUGGAAAACUGGACUCGAGAAUCCCUGACAGCUGCUCGUAAAAAGUCCUGAAAUAAAUUGACUUCAACAUUA